UCAUCACGUGACUAUGGGUGAUUCUGAUUGGCUGGGGUAUGGAUGACGUGUUUCCCCUUUUUGAACAUGUGUACCAUAACCUGCUAGAAUACACAUGUGAAUUGAAGCAGCUUGUGUUGCGUGUGGUUCUGACUAUUUUUGAUUGGAUUUUUAUAUUGAUUUUGAAGAUGCCAAAUAUAUGCUGUGCAGCGAGAUGUUUUAAUAAAUCCAGUGAUGGAUAUGCAUUAAUUAGAUUUCCCAAGGAAAAUCAAUAUAAGAAAGCAUGGGUAGACGCUGUUUUUGGAGAGACAUCAAGAUCCUUGAAUAAUUUGAGAUUGUGUGAAGUGAGUAUUCAUCGUAAGAAUGUUAUGCAGGAUCCGAAUAAAAAUAGUUUAAAAAGUGCUUCUCCAUUUAAUGCUUUCCUCAUUUCAGGUUUACUUUGA